CCAUAGAUUCGGAGACAACACAAAAUGUCGCUCCUACGACCUUCAAUUAGCGGCCGAUUACUUAGAGCUGGCGGAUCAGCAUCGCAAAGGGGUCUUUCCGGCGCUGUGCGGUUCAACAGUCAAGAUGCCCAAUCCAAAGAGCUCCAGACAGCAACUCCCACCUCGAUGACAGAAGGAGUCCAGCUCAGACACAACCAGCAAAACUACUUUGCGGAGGUAGACCAGGCUACAUCGUAAGAAUGGGAUUGGAUUAUUGGGAAUUUGUGCGCUAAUUCAUUUAGACAAUUCUCGCCGGUUCCAAAACGAGUUAUGGAUGGAAGUCAUGAGGGAACGGUUUUGGCCGCAGCAGUCUUAUCUGGAGCACCAAUUGAGUUGGAAACAAGAACCGUUCGGUAUAUACUGGAAAAUCAAGGUCAGGAAGAGUCAUUCUAACGUACAAUUAGCAUAUACAAACCUACCAAACCCGCCACUCAAUCCGGAGACUGGCAUGGACACCACUGGCGAAUGGACUGGGAUACAUUGCCAAAAGGACAUCGAUGGGAGAAUCCAUUGAUGGGAUGGCAGUCAUCGGCAGAUUUCAUGCAAGGCACCAACGUAAACUUCAAGACGAAAGAGGAGGCCAUCAGAUUCGCGGAGAAGCAAGGUUACGAAUACUACGUCCAGGAGCCCCAAAGUCGAAAGAUUACUCCAAAGCUCUAUGCUAAUAACUUCUUGUGGUCUGAUAAGAAGUUGAAGCAUAUUCGGACCAAGUAG